CCCGGCUGAGGCGGAGGCAGCCGGGUCAGGGCCGCGGAGCUCGGGGCUGAGGGGCCGGGACCGGGGCCGGGGAGCGCCGGGGCCGGGGAGCGCCGGGGCUGGGGCCGGGGCGCUCCCGCGCUCCUUCCCCGCGACCGGGGGGGCUCUGAGGGGUCCCUGCUGCCGCUGUGGGCAGCCCCCCGCUUCUUGUCCCUGCCUGGGGGGGCUGCAGGGGGAGGUGGGUGCUGCCGGAGCCCUGUGGCGGUGGCAGACCCCAGAGGGGGUCUCGCAGCGCGGUGAACCCGCAGCUUGCUCCUUCCCGGCACCUCAGCCCCACGGCCGCGGGAUGGUGUGUGCGCAGGUGGAGACGAGCCCCAGGCGGUGCUGGCAGAAGGUGCUGUACGAGCGGCAGCCCUUCCCGGAUAACUACGUGGACCAGCGGUUCCUGGAGGAGCUGCGGAAGAACGUCCAUGCCCGCCAGUACCAGUACUGGGCCGUGGUCUUCGAGUCAGGGGCCGUGGUGCAGCAGCUCUGCAGCGUCUGUGUUUUCGUCGUCACCUGGUGGUACAUGGACGCCGGGGUGCUGAGCCCGCAGGGGCUUUUUGGGGCUGCCCUGGCCUCUUCCCUGCUCGGCUAUGUACUCUUCGAUGCCAUCGAUGCCGGGGCUGGGCGGCGAGAGAGCAGGCGGACGCGGUGGGCAGACCUGAAGAGCACGCUGGUGUUCAUCGCCUUCACCUACGGCUUCUCCCCGGUGCUGAAGACGCUGACGGAGUCCAUCAGCACGGACACUAUCUACGCCAUGUCGGUCUUCAUGCUCCUCGGCCACCUCAUCUUCUUUGACUACGGCGCAAACGCUGCCAUCGUGUCCAGCACACUGUCCCUUAACAUGGCCAUCUUUGCCUCGGUGUGCCUGGCCUCGCGCCUGCCUCGCUCCCUCCACGCCUUCGUCAUGGUCACCUUUGCCAUGCAGAUCUUCGCCCUCUGGCCCAUGCUGCAGAAGAAGCUGAAGGCCCGGACACCCUGGUGCUAUGUGGCAGUGACCGUGCUCUUCGCACUGGCGGCACUGGCAGGGCUGGCGAGCGUCUCCAGUGUGGGUGCUGUGCUCUUUGCCUCACUGCUGCUGUCCAUCUCCUGCCUCUGCCCUUACUGCCUCAUCCGGCUUCAGCAGCUCAAGGACAACAUCCACGGGCCGUGGGACGAGGCUGAAAUCAAGGAGGACCUUUCCAGGUUCCUCAUGUAGGCCUGGCCGGGGGGGAGAGGGGCUCUGUGCUGCGAGCAGUGCAGAGGGACUUUUCUGGGGGGAUGCCCAGCCCAAUAAAACCUCUCGCACAGCA